AGAUGCAGGAGCUCUAGCACUGCUGUCAAGCGCGAGGCACAGGCACUGUGGGUAAAGAGCUCCAGAUGAUGGGGUCCGUUCAUAAAUGGAGAUGGUUGAAGUAAUAGGAGCAGUGCUGCCCUGGAGCCAGACAUGUAACUGCAUUUAACAAAAAACUACCAGUAGCAGAUUCCAGUUAAGAACAUCGUUGGAUUGGCUGCUGCAGAGUUUUGCAUUUGCUAAUUUCCCGUUCCAUUUCUUCGAAAACGCACCACUUCGCUGUAACAUCUGCUCCGAUCGUAUCUAAACAUCUUAUGUUUCGCAACAGAUAAGGUUUCACCAUGUUGACUGCUAUAAGAGACUGGAUCAUGUGCUGCCUUGCUAAUGGAAAAACAGCCAAUUCUAUUGGUCCUGUUGAUAGUACUGAAACCAGUGAUGGGUACAACUUUGUGGAAGUCAAACCAGGCCGAGUCCUUCGUAUUAGACAUAUUUUGCCAGCCCGUUCUGUGACUGAGAGUCCUGUAGAGUUGAGCCAGUCCACAGGGAAGGGGUUGGUACACUGUAAGCGCAAGAUAACCGUUUAUCGCAAUGGACAGCUUGUGAUUGAGAACCAGGGAGAUGUUGUCCGAUCAGAGAUAUUGCACUGCCAGAAUGGAAACACUGAACCCAGUAGCACAGUGGAGCUGGAGCUGUCUGACUUCACCAGUACCUCAGCAACAUGCAAUGGCACCACUACCACGCCUGGUGCCAAAGAGGCCAAUGCUGGCAAACGACACAAGAGGAAGCCCAAAAGGACUGUGAUGAUAGACUGCAUGAAGAAGAUCACUAGCUGUAAAUGUACUCACAGUGACGUUGUCUUAUUUUUCAUCCAUGGGGUAGGAGGCUCUCUGGACAUUUGGAAAGAGCAGAUGGACUUCUUCUCAAAGCUGGGGUACGAAGUAGUAGCAGCAGACCUUGCUGGGCAUGGCUGUAGCUCCGCACCUCAGAUUGCUGCUGCCUACACUUUUUAUGCACUAGCAGAAGACAUGAGAUCCAUCUUUAAGCGAUAUGCAAAGAAGAGAAACAUUUUAAUAGGACACUCAUAUGGCGUUUCAUUUUGCACAUUCCUAGCGCAUGAGUAUCCAGACCAAGUUCAUAAGGUGGUGAUGAUAAAUGGAGGUGGUCCCACUGCUCUUGAACCAAGUCUAUGUUCGAUAUUCAACCUGCCAAGCUGUGUUCUACACUGCCUAUCUCCCUGCCUCGCAUGGAGUUUUUUGAAAGCUGGUUUUGCACGUCAGGGAGCUAAAGAGAAGCAGUUGCUGAAAGAAGGGAAUGCGUUCAACGUGUCUCCAUUUGUGCUACGUGCAAUGAUGAGUGGUCAGUACUGGCCUGAAGGAGAUGAAGUCUAUCAUGCAGAACUGACUGUCCCAAUACUGCUGGUACAUGGGAUGCAUGACAAAUUUGUUCCUGUGGAAGAAGAUCAGAGAAUGGCAGAAAUACUUCUUAUUUCAUUCUUGAAAAUAAUCGAAGAAGGAAGUCACAUGGUGAUGAUGGAAUGUCCAGAGACUGUUAACACCCUGCUGCACGAGUUCUUUUUGUGGGAACCAGACAUCACACCUAAUGAUCAGUCAGAGACAGAAGUUCCAGAGAAUAAGUAAAGAGUGUGUCCAACUCUGCUUUACUUCUGAGAAGGAUACAAUGAGGGCAUGUAUUAACAGCCUUUUUUUGCUGCAAGAAUGCAGGCAGGCCAGAGCAUUGUUGUGCUUGUAAAGCAGCAGUGUUUAUAUGAUGGUCAUGCAAUGUGGCGUAAAGAGGAUUAGCAGGCAACUUAGUUUCUGUUUGCCUUGAGUGUGCUAAAGCAGGUGAUGUGAGCUUGGCAAGCAGGCUUGUUAGGAAAAAAUGCAGCUGCUGAAACAGAAAAGAACAAUAUUCUUUUAUUCUUCUGUUAGGAAGUGGUUAAUAGACUAUCACGUACAAGUGAGAGACUAAAUCCUUAUUUAUUUGCAGCUGAAAAGGGAAAAUCAGGAGUUAAAGAACAGACACUGGUUUUCAGAAGGGAUGAAUAUUGAACUAAAACAGUGUUCUGUUACUGAAAAUACAUAGUCUAGUAAAUUAGACCAUCUCUGUGUACCUAUGUGAUAACUGUGUCUUGAUCAGAUUAGAGAAAUGUUUGAAAGAACCCUGUUGUGUUCUGUAUCAGCCUAUACUGACAUGAAGAAUAACAUUUUAGAUAUGUCCAAUUUUAAUCAGAUUUUAUUACCAUGAACUUCAGCAAAUACCAAAGUGUCUAGCUGUAAACCACAGGAUUAUGUUAUUGACAGAUGUCUUGAAUCUCCUAAUCAACAGCACAGGCCACGUUCUAGAGAGACUUCAACAAAAGUUAGCUCCGUAUUUUGCAUCUGUCUACUCAGGGUAAGUUCUUAUAAAAGGUGAAAUACUUCCAGUCAAAACUGGCGAGGUUUUAAUAUCUUCCAGUGAUUUAAGAAUCAAAAAUAGUUCCCCUUUAUGCGAGAUCUAGUUUUAUAUUUUUUGAUUCCUGCUUGAUUACUUUUAUUUCUUCCAUGACAUUGAUCUCAUGUUUUGAAUAUGAUUUGGUAUGUUACAUCACAGUAAAACUGUUCUUUUCCUCCCCGUCUAGUAUGGGUAAAUGAAAUGAUUCUCAUUUAUUUUUAAUUUGGUACCUCAGCAUGCUGAAUGAUCCUGUCCAUAGCCUUCCCUGUAUGACUUAAGGACUAAAUUUAGAACCAUUUUAACUUUGUGUACAUGACUAUGUGCUUCAUUUCCCCUCAUUACCCUGCCCAAAGUCUACUUUUUUGACCUGCAGUCCCAGUAGCAUUACUAUUUUUUUGGUUAUAUCCCUUCCUUGGAUGCGUUUUUGUUUCUUAACGCACUGUCAUUGACACUUUAUCCCAGCAUUCUUGGCCUUCUUGUGUUUGUGGUUUGUUAUCUUAAAAGUUGAGAUGAACGUUAUACGGUUGUGUAAAUCACUAACCUUGUCCUUACCAAAACUGAUUUUUCUUCCUCGUCUUUACUGUAUUUCUUCUUAUUGGAUCAUAGCCAAAAAAUGUAUAUAACUAUUUAAAAUUAAUUAGUUAGGAAGGCUACACACACAUUUGCCACAAGUUAUGAAGGGUCAUGUUAUGGCCAGUUCUAGAUUGUUAUAUUGAUGCAUUCCAGAAAACACUACAGUGGUAUCCCAGGUCUAGAUCAGAUUAUAAUUUCACAUUCUAUGGGGAAGAUUUUCCUCUCUUCGACUAUUAACACAAGCUAUGGAAAAAUCCUGAUGCAUCUUUUUCAGUAGAACAAAUUGUGCUGAUAAUAGCAAUGAUCUAGGUUAGCAUGUGCUGGUAAAAGUUAAGUUUGAGGUUCCCUUAAUGAAUUACAUUACACAGCUGUCUUCUGUUUUAUUCAGAAACUGCUUUGAAGUGUUUUUGUCCCCUUCCUACACUAGUGAUGUAUUAGUAAUGUUUGGUUGAAUUGCAUGCCAGUACACAAGAUGAAUGAAACUAAACAGGAAAGUCUCAUUUGUAAUUUGACCACAGAAGUGACUCUGUAAAAACAAUUAUGGAGGCUGAGACAGUGUUCAACAUUAUAGUAUGAAAAGUUGUAUACGUGCCUUAUGUAGGUGAAAAGGUUUGGAUGACUAUAGCAGGCCUUUAUGAUCAGAGAGAUCUCAGUGUAAGCAAAUCUCUACAAUGAAGAUCUCUCAUUCACAGUGGUUUAUGUGGGAUGAAAAUGACGUGCUUAAUUGCGUACCUGAGCUAACCUUGCAUUUUUACAGUAAACAGAAUUGUUUUGCUACAUAGACUGUGAUGCUACUGCAACAUAGUUAAACACUACAUUCAUUUAAACAGGUUUUCAGAAAAUAUUUUUGGUGCACAAAUCACUUCAGUCACCCAGCUUUCUGUAAAGAAAAAUCUCCAGAGCGGGCAAAGCACUGAGACACGUCAGUGAAGGAAGAAAUGGGAAUACACAAAGAUUAAAAUCAGCAAGAGGUGUCACAAAGAUUUGAAUGUACACCCCAGGGAAAUCCCCAGAUUGAUCAUAUCUUUUUAUGUAGCUCCCAGGGAAAUGCCCAAAUUUAUACUAUGGUUUUAUUUAGCUCCCAGUGAAAUGCCCAGAUUGGUGCUAUGUUUUUAUUUCGCUCUGGCUACACUGAAUGUUAAUUUACAGAGUUCAUGUUUCUAUUAACAUCAGGUUGCCCACAUUAUUUUACUUCAACUCUAAAUAAAUGUAUUGUCUCCCCCGCCCCUGUCCCACGAACAGGUUACAGCGCAUCAUGGGUACCAAGCAGUUUCUAAGACACAGUGACGACAAAAAAAAAAAACAGCAGUGAAGAAACAUGCUUUUUGAUGGGAUAACCCAUCAAACUAGAGUCGCAUCACUCCCUCUUUAUUAGUGUAUUUGCACUUUGUUUACUUGGUUGGUCCCACUAGGCCAGUGACCUCUUUUCAGGGUAGACCCAAGGUAAUCUUCAUACUGGCUAGUGGAAAUUUGGCCAGAGCCCAGGGGAACUUCCCUUACUCUUUUCAGUAAACACUGUAAGAUCUGUAACGUCCACCUGAGCUACCACCAACUCAGGCAGCUGGGACCUGGUUUAACAUCGUAUUCAACAGAGUCCAGUACCCCUGCCCCACCUACACACAAAUAUUGCACUGCAAUGUCAGUUUUGAAAAUGAAUUCAACUACCUAGUAUAGGAAUUGAACUCACAGCCUUCUGCACCAAAGGCAAAUGUGCUACAUGUUAAGCUACUGAGAAUCUUUCUUUGAUAGCUGUAUUUUUCUAAAGUGCUAUAUAUUUACAUUUACCCAGUCAGAUCUGGAAUUUGGCCUGUUUAAUACUAUGAGUAGGAAAAGAGAUUGAUUUUGUUUGCUACACCAAAUUCAGGAUGGUGGCUGUAAACAUGCCAUUCUCAACUAUAUAUGAAAAUAAAUAGCUGCUUUCAUUAAGCAGGCUAAACAUUGAUGACCAUAAAGAAGAUACUUGGUCCAAAUUCUCUGUUGUACAGUUUAGAUGUUUACAAGAACUUUUAGGUUCUACACAUUCAUUACUUCCUUUUUCCUCUGGGCUUACUGUGCCCAAGUCUAGCUACUGCUAAGUGUCAUGAUAAGGACAGUUUAUGUCUUGGGGUACUGCUUGUGUUUAUUUGCACUGCAACACCUAACUGAGUGCAAACCCUAGCUUCUUGAAGAUGAAGUGUUCUCAUACAACAUAGCUACCUUAGCACAGUACUAUUUGUCUAGCUUAUUUCUGCUCCUCCUAUGGCCAUACAUGUGUGAAGAGGAACAUUUGCAUCACAUGACUGCCUUCUUAUCCCAUUCCACAUGGCACUUCAGUGUCAGGCUGUGCCACUGUCAGCUAUGUCCUACCAGCUGAAAGCCAUGAGGUGAGAGUUGAUCCCUACAUGGACUGUGUAGCUUGUCAGACUCCGAAUAGUCUAAAGCAGCAUAUAGUCCCCAUUUCCAAUCUCCAAGCAAUAACGCUUACUUACAAAUUCAUUCCAUUGGGAUUGCAUUAAAAGGUAGGAGUGCCCACCCUCCAUACUUAUGGGCCAGCUAGGAGCACCAAUUUUAAUUUUUAGACAUUUAGGUCCUGCAUCUGUUACUAGGUAAAAUUAUAACUGGUUGGAAGGAAUCCAAAAUGGGCCUGCCCUAAUGACACACAGGAUGAAUUUCCAUAUGCAGUGAAAGCAGCAAAGGUUUAGGAGCUGACCUACAUCACUCUAGGGUGGUUGGAUUGCACAGGACUAAAUGCCAUAAAACAGUUUCUCUUCCCAAAGGAUUGGUAUAGCCUUUGUUGUGAUUUUAAGGCUCAUAAUCUGGUGGCUCAAGGUACAGACAGUGUUGCCACUUUUAAUCUUCAUCCUUUUUUAAGGAUAGGGGAUGUAAGUGGGGGAAGGGUCACUCCCUCAACAGCAGCAUGACUGGGUGAUGGACUGAUGCAAACUGGAUACAACCAGAACUGACCACUUGGCUCCUGGAAAAACCCUGAGAAAAAGCAGGUACAACAGUGGAGGAUGGAAGAAAUACUAAGCAAAGUUGUCCAAGCAGUCUGAAAAGGGUGGUGGAGCAUGUUCUGUACUGACAAAUGCCAAAGUAAUGUGCUUCAGCUACAACAACCCUAGUGUGAAGUACAAGCAAGUGGAGUAAUAUUCAAGGUAAUGAACCAGGAAAAGGAUCUGGGUUUUGAUCACACCUGGACUGGAUUACCAGGAACAAAGAGCAGUGUGGCAGCCACCACGUGAGUGCUGGAGUUUAUCAUGAAUCUGUAUUUGUCAUGUUGCAAGUUAGCCUGCAGCUUGUCAAAUGAAUACAAUGAAAACUCAACCCUGCAAACUCAAAAAACAAGUAUAAGCAUAGGCUCGGCUGCGGGAGCAUGUCCAUUACCGCUUGGUCAUGAUAUCACUUACCUUGGAUAUGACCACUAACAUGGGUCCAGUAAGAGGACAAGUACUUUAGCAUUGAUAUCCUAAUGUUUGACAUGUUGCCAUUCAGUGCUUUGAGCUGGUCAAGUUGUAAAAAUGAGGAAUCGCAACUUGACCAAACAAAUGGCUCUCAUAUUCAAGUGGGAUAUAUUUAGAAGCACAGAGGUAAUUGUGCCACUUAACUGGGCUCAUGUCAAGAGUUAGCUUGAGUGCAGAGUGCAGAUCCUGAGGCCAUCAAGCUGCUGGAAGGAAUCAAGAGGAAAGCCAUCACAACGAGUGAGAUGGAGGGGAAAGGUUAUGACCAGACACUAGAGGAGGUAAAUUUGUUCUCAUCAAUGACUGGAAGAGAUCGGGAGUACAAGGUGUGAGUGUAAAUACUCGUGUCUCAGAUAGGUGAAGGUUUCAUCCUGAACAAGGAGGACAGAGGGGGAGGAGAGGGCACAGUACUUCUUGGAUCAUUGAAAGUAGUUCUUUCAUGGAGAGGGUUUGCAUCCAAAGAAUGGAUUAUUGGAAUAAAAGGUGAAAAGAGAAUCAGUGGAGGGUGUCAAGAGGUCAAGGGACAUAUGGAGAAGUGGUGAUGAAGAAAACAGUAAUGGAGGGGAGACGUAAUAUUACAUGCACUUAAAGGUGAGAGAGUACAUGCUUAAUGUCACCUGCCAUCAAGAUGAUGUAUUGUGACAUGAUUUGAUGCAAGUAUAAUUAAUAAGCUUGUAUUCUUCAUUGGGGAAGGGUCCCUGUCCCAGGGUCACAGAAAGGAAGCUGUCACUACAUUAGAGAUGUACUAAGGAUGAACUGUGGGAGCAGGACUUAGAAUUUGGCACACUGUACUAUCCAGGCAUAACACAGAUUUUAAUGUCGAACUAAUCAGGAAUCCCCUAGGGCAAAAAAAAAACAAUAGCUGCUGUGUUAACCACUGAUUUUGUUCAGCAAGGACAUCCAGGAAAAAAAAAAUGUAACAUUUGUAGUCACCUGCAUGCCCUUAUUUUAGGUGCAUCUUGUCUCUUGUUGGGGGGCUUAGCUUGACUGAGUCUAAUGCAUGCUACCCUAAUGCCAGCUGUAUACUUUACUUUAAAAAUAAAACUUUCUGCACCUGUCCCACUGCAGACACAACACACACUACAUUUAAAUCUAUCCCCUUACCUUGCCCAUACUUUAACCCUAAUACACAAACACUCACACUGCCAGUGCCGAAACUUUUAGUAAAUCCAAAUGUUUUUGCAUUAAAUUCCCAAAUCUCAAUCUAAUUUUCCUUCUUCGGAUAUCUGAAAAAUUUGACAAUAUAAACACUUGUAUUUCUUAUGUCAUUCACUUUGUCAAUGAAUUGAAGAUUCAACAGAUCGAAAGACAUCCAGGUGCUGAUAUCUGUAAACUCCUUCCCCCACAUUGUGUGAAUAUGCAACCCUCUGAGAACUGUAGAGAUAGGUCUCUAAAUGGCAUUUAUUGUUGUACUUCUGCAUAUGUGACUAAUGACAUCUUAAAUGAGAAUCACCAGACACAAAGACAAUACUAAUUUAAGAUAUCAUUAGUCUUAAAUGCGAAUCACCCAGUCUGCAGACAACGGUAAUUUAAGAUGUCAUUAGUCAGAUAUAAAUGUCAUAUUGAGACAUGCAGUUUACCUUAUGAAAUUUCUAAAAUAAAAAAACAGUGGUGGUCAGUUCAGUAAUAAGUGUACAAAUGACUGCAUUCCGUCCAUGUGGUGACGUACAAACUGAUAAGACAUGAAUACAAGCCUGGAAGAAACAUUCACCUUAAGCUGUCAAGGCAUGGCAACAGGCCAAAAGCAGAAGCUGGUUUACUUACUGCUGGGAUUUUACACCUAACUAGUACUGCAUGUUAGUGUUUACGUUUGUAUUUCAUUACUGCAAAUUUUGUAGAAGAGCAUACCACGGAUGCAUCAUAAUAACUUAAAGAUGCAACAUGUGCCAUGCAGAUGUGCUGUUUUUCUAGAAAUAUGUACACCUGGUGCAUCUACUCAAUUUAAUCAGGUAUUUGUCCUAAUAAAAUAUGAAGAAUGAGAAGCAAGGAUUCAAAAUCAAGAAGAACGUUCAGAAAACACAGAUCGGUGGUUUAUUAUUGUAAACAGGUGCUACACCUGCAUUUUCCAGGGAAUCUGCUUUCAUUUGUUUAAGAGAUUAGACACAUUCUCAAGAAAUAGAUUGUAUCAAGGAAUUUGCUUCCAAGCAGGAAAGGCGAAAUAUGCCUUUGUCGCUUUUCUAACAGUAUACAGUUCAGCUAAUUUUAUAUUUGUUGAAUACAUUCCAGACAUCGAAGCUCCUGUGUUACAUCAUCCUGAAGGUCAAAACAAAGCUUGCCAUGCUGUAGACAUUGUUCCACAGUACUAGAACAAGACAUGCACUUAGGGAUCUCAUUUUUAAAAGUUGGCCCAGGAGUUGUUUCAUAGACUCCAUGGCUAACGUUAUAUGUUAUGUCUCAUAAUGAGAAAACUGUAUUAAUUUUCAAAGGAAUUAUUGCACCAUGUGGUGUGUCUAGUUCCUGGUUCAGUUAUUCUUGAGCCAUGGUGGGGGAGGAGUCUUUCUUUGUUCAUGCAACUCGUACAGUAUUAUCACAUACUGGGUAUAUAUCUUCCACUGGCCAGAUCUACAGUGGAAACAGAGUGCCAAAAUAUGUGUAAACUUGCACCACACACAUUCAUUUUUUUAGGCUCUUAUUGGCUCUGAAUUUGCAUGUAGUGGACAGGAAUGUGACCAGAUGUCAUAUGGCAGUCACCUGUCAUAGCAUCCAGAUUAAAAACAAACAGAAAUCUUACUAACACUUUAUAAUCAUUGUACCAUAACAGUACUAAUUAUGCAUCUGCAGUUUCAAAGUAAAACAUUUUGGCUGGCUCAUGGACUUUUUUUAUUUAUACCAUCUGUAAAACUACUGCAUCAUAUAAUACGACCAGUACUGUAGCAAUUAGCAAGACUGCCGUUUUCUUAAAAAAACUGAGACUCUGGUUACUGAGUCAAUUAUUCUCUACCGAUUGACUCAGUAAUCAGCCACUGCCGUCUGCAGAGUCUCAUUUUUAUAAGAAAAUAGCAGCCUUGCUAACUGCUAGAGACUUUCCUCCCCUCAACUAAGAAUCCUUCCUGCACAUGGAUGAGCCCUGCCUUUCUAACACUUUUAUGAAUCUGUCAUGAUCUUCACCACUUUAAUCCCACUGCAUAAUAUUACUCUAUUUUGGCCUCUUCAGAACACACAAACUCCACCCCCACCAACAUAACUGGCAACUGGAAAUACUGAGUUGGCUUUUGCUUGUAUAAACUCAAGAUGGAAAUGAAUUAUGUAUAUUUAUUGUUCAAUUGUUGUGCUACAGAUGUUUCAGUGUUUAUUACAGUGAAUACCAAACUAUAUGCUGCUUGUAUCCAGUAAUAUGCUCGUCUUUAAGUGAAAGCCAUGCGAAAACUGGUGUCUAAAAUAUCUUGUAUAAAAGACUACAAACACUGAUGUGCAAUAGUGCCAUUUCAUCAAGUAAAUAAAUACUAUAUUGUUAUUAUUA